AUGGUGUAUGAAAGUAUCAAUUCGGAUCCUCAUUUCAAGCCUGUCCAAAAGAUAUACGAGGAUCGUCUUCGGCAGUUUAUUGAUUCAUCUGGGGAUUAUAAGGACAAUAACUUACCGAAGUUCUAUGAUAAAGACCGGAUACAAUUAGAUGGUCUGGCUGUGGACGUGAAGUACUAUCAGGUCCCAUAUGAUCGAGAAAUAUCGCCAGUUGCUCCGGAGAAGCGUCCCUUAUGGGAGCACGUGAUUGCGAUGGAUGAGGCUGGUGAAAUCAACUGGAGUCCUGUGGCUAUUGGACAGUGGUUUGGGCCAAGUUGGUCUACGACAUGGUUCAAAGUUCAUUUGCGGGUUCCGGAGGAGUGGUUAGAUUCGAAGGAACAGUUGGUGUUUCAAUGGGAUUGUAACAAUGAGGGUAUGGUGAUUGAUCCUGAAAAUGCCAGGCCUUAUACUGCGUUCUCCGGGGGUGGGGAGAGAACGGAGUAUUUGAUUCCUAAGGGGAAAGCAGUGCUUCCAUUCUACAUUGAAUGUGCUAACAAUGGAAUGUUUGGCGUGGGGAAUGGUAGCAGUAUUAAUCCUCCUAAUAAUGAUCGGUUUUUCAGGUUGGAUAAGGCAGAUUUAGUCUGGCCAAAUUGGGAGGCCAGGAAUUUAUUUGUUGAUUUUUGGAUGUUAGGUGAUGCAGCUAGAGAAUUGCCGGAUAAUUCUGCGCAGAAGCAUCGCGCAAGACAGCUUGCAAAUCGUGUUAUGGAUCUUUUCGAUCGCGAUGAUGCUUCUAGUGUAAAUGUUUGCCGCCGUUUCCUUCGUGAAGAGUUCUUUGAUGAAUAUAUGGAUAGUUCUAAGGUUUAUCAGCGUGGGGACUCCCAAAUUGAUGCAACUGUGUGGGCAAUGGGGAACUGUCACAUUGACACUGCGUGGUUGUGGCCGUUUGCAGAAACUAAGCGUAAGAUAGUUCGAUCCUGGUCGUCACAGUGUGUGUUAAUGGACGAAUUUCCGGAGUAUCAAUUUGUUGCGUCUCAAGGACAACAAUUCAAGUGGUUAAUGGACUUACAUCCGGGUUUCUUUAAGGAUGUUCUUCUUCCAAAAGUUCAACAGGCCCAGUUCUUCCCAAUAGGUGGUUCUUGGGUAGAAAAUGACACUAACAUUCCCAGCGGAGAGUCUUUGUGUAGGCAGUUCUUAUUAGGUCAGCGUUUCUUUAUGAAAUAUUUUGGUAUGAAGAGUGACAUAUUUUGGCUCCCUGACACCUUUGGAUAUUCUUCACAAGUUCCCCAAAUUUGCCGUAUAUCUGGAAUUCAUAGAUUCCUCACUCAAAAGCUAUCUUGGAAUAAUAUUAAUAAUUUCCCACAUACAACUUUUAAUUGGGCGGGCAUUGAUGGUACUCAGGUUUUGACUCAUAUGCCUCCAAGGAAUACAUAUACUGCAAUGGCUCACUUUGGAGACAUUUUGGGUACUGCAGGACAAAAUAAGUCAAAUGAGGUGUAUGGAUCUGGUUUAUUGUUGUAUGGAUAUGGUGAUGGUGGAGGUGGACCUACAAGAGAGAUGUUGCUCAAGAUGCGUAGGAUUAGAUCUAUGUCUAAUCGCAAUGGAAAUAUAGUGCCAAAGGUACAUGUAGGUAAAUCUGUUUCUGAAUUCUACCAAGAUAUUUUAGAUAAAACCCAUGAUGGACAUGAUUUGGCUACCUGGAAUGGUGAGUUGUACUUCGAAUUUCACAGAGGUACAUAUACCACUCAGGCAGAAACAAAGAUGUUGAUGCGGUUCUCUGAAAUAAAGCUACAUGACUUGGAAUGGAUUGCAACUAAAACUUCGGUUAUGUUACCAGAUAAGUACGUUUAUCCUGCAGUUGAAAUUAAUAAUUUGUGGGAAGAUGUUUUAUUAUGUCAAUUCCAUGAUGUUAUUCCAGGUUCUUGUAUCGAGAUUGUUUACAAAUAUGAAUCCGUUCCUAUGCUAAAAGCUGCUAUUUCAAAGGCUGAAUCUUUGAUUGCUGAUGCAUUGAAAGUAUUGAAGGGUGACGAAGAGGAAUUGGUGCCCGUUAACACGUUACAGUGGGACGUCGAGUUACCUGAAGAUAAACCUGGUGUAAACGAACCAUCGGAUAUUUAUACUACCAGCGUCACAGAAAAUAGUGACAGCAUUAUCCUAUCAAACAAAAAACUACAGGUUAAAGUGGACAAAAGGUCUGGUUCUAUUAAAAGUAUCGAAGACUUGCAAGGUGAUACGGAAUAUUUGGAUUUGGUUGGUGGUCGUAAUAACUUAGGGGCCAAUCAAUUUGUUUUAUUUGAUGAUCAACCAUUAAGUUGGCAAGCUUGGGAUACCGAGUUAUACUCGGUAAAUAAAUACGAGUACUUGAAUGAUGUUAGGUCUGUCAGAAUUUCUGAAGAUACGCAGAAUGUUGUUGCUGUCGAAGUUAUUAUUGCAAUUUCCAGUAACUGUCAGAUUAUUAGUACAAUUAGUUUGUCAUCAAUUGCUAAACAUAGAGCAGAUGAAGCGAUCGUUCAUAUCAAAACUGUAGUAGAAAACUGGAACGAAACGAAUAGGUUUUUGAAGGUAGAGUUUCCUGUCAAUGUGCGGAACGAUUUUGCCUCUUAUGAAACUCAAUUCGGUAUUACAAAGAGACCGACUCAUUAUAACACAUCCUGGGAUGUGGCUAAAUUUGAAGUUUGUCAUCACAAAUUUGCAGACUAUAGUGAAUAUACUAAAGGUGUUUCAAUUUUAAACAAUUGCAAGUACGGCUUCGCAACACAUGGGAAUUUGAUGAGAUUAUCGUUGUUACGGUCUUCUAAAGCACCAGAUGCACAUGCGGACAUGGGGACUCACGAAAUCGAAUAUGCAAUUUAUCCGCACUCAGGUGGAUUGACUGCAAAGACCGUGGAGCUAGGCAUCAAAUUCAACUAUAAAUAUCAGUACGAUAUUCCAAAGUUGUUGGCUAAGGAAUUUAAUGACAUAAUCUCCUUGAUCGGUGAUAAAAAUGUAAUCUUGUCAAAUAUAAAGAGAGGAGAGGACGAUGAAGACGUAAACUCUAAUUAUGCCUUGGAUACAAAAUUUGAAACUAGUAUAGUUGUCAGGGUUUAUGAGUCCUGUGGAGGUGAAUCUUCUGCCACUCUCCUAACGUCUUUGGAUUUAAAGUCGGUACUAAAAAUCAACAGCUUGGAAUUAGAGACUGUUGAACGGCUACCUUUUAAGCCUGCUAAAGAUAAUUGCAAUUCUAGAUCUGAAAUACCAAUUAAAUUGAGACCUUUCGAGAUUGCAACUUACAAGCUGAUACUUUAA